UUGGUCGCAAAAGUUUCAAAAGAAGCUUUUCGUGGUUUUAUAAGCCAGCAGUCCCUCGGCAUUGCCGUUCACCCAUCUCUCACUCCGUUCCCUCACCGUUCACGCAGACGCAAACUCUCUCGUCCUCGUCGCUCCCUUAAAUAGUCAAAUUCUAUCCCCGAAGCUUUUUCUCACAUUCUCUACUGUUGGAUCGGCUUCUCAGCGAGUCGAAGAUACACGUUCUUCGAGAGACUGAUCAUCCGGUCGCCUCGUAAUCUCCGACUUUUCAUUUCAUGGGCACUAUCUCGCAUGCGAUCACCCCCAAAGUCACUCUCCCGCGCAGCGAUUCUCACCGCUCUUAUGGGCUUCAGCACUUGAAUUCUCGUUUCUGCCGACUGAAGUCGAGCAGAGUGGCCAAGAAGCUGCGCGCGUCUGCGGAGACCACGAAGCGGAGCCCCGCCGUCGAUUUCAAUGAUCCUAAUUGGAAGUACAAGUUCCAGAAGGACUUCGAGAGGCGCUUCAACAUCCCUCACCUUACCGACAUUUUUGACGAUGCCGUUCCUAUUCCCUCUACUUUUUGCCUCAAAAUGAGGACACCAAUAUCAGAAGAAUUUGCGGCAGGUUACCCAUCCGACGAGGAGUGGCAUGGUUACAUAAAUAAUAACGACAGGGUGCUUCUUAAGGUCAUUAACUACUCGUCACCUACAUCUGCUGGUGCUGAGUGCAUUGAUCCUGAUUGUACAUGGGUAGAACAAUGGGUUCAUCGUGCUGGGCCACGGGAGAAAAUAUACUUCAGACCAGAAGAAGUGAAAGCAGCAAUUGUAACUUGUGGAGGACUCUGCCCUGGUCUCAAUGACGUUAUCAGACAGAUUGUCAUCACGCUUGAAAUAUAUGGUGUGAAAAAGAUUGUGGGUAUUCCCUUUGGUUAUCGUGGAUUUUCUGACAAAGAACUAACUGAAAUGCCGCUGUCUAGAAAAGUGGUUCAGAAUGUCCACCUUUCCGGAGGAAGCUUGUUAGGAGUUUCACGCGGGGGACCUGACGUUAGUGAAAUUGUGGACCGUAUGGAGGAAAGAGGAAUCAGCAUGCUCUUUGUGUUGGGUGGGAAUGGCACACAUGCUGGGGCUGAGGCAAUACACAAUGAGUGCCGUAAAAGACAGAUGAGGGUGGCUGUAGUUGGCGUGCCAAAAACUAUAGACAACGAUAUUUUGCUGAUGGACAAAACUUUUGGUUUUGAUACUGCUGUUGAAGAAGCACAAAGAGCAAUAAACUCUGCAUACAUAGAGGCGCACAGUGCUUAUCAUGGUGUAGGCAUUGUGAAAUUGAUGGGUCGUAGCAGUGGAUAUAUAGCUAUGCAUGCAUCCUUAGCUAGUGGACAAAUUGACAUAUGCUUGAUCCCUGAGGUACGUUUUAAUUUGCAUGGGCCUCAUGGCGUUCUACAACAUCUGAAAUACCUGAUUGAGACAAAGGGCUCAGCUGUUGUAUGUGUUGCAGAGGGAGCAGGGCAGGAUUUUCUUCAGAAAACUAACGCUAAAGAUGCAUCUGGAAACAUUGUACUUGGAGAUAUCGGUGUACACAUUCAACAAGAGACAAAAAAACAUUUUAAGGAGAUUGGGGUUCCAGUUGAUGUGAAGUAUAUUGAUCCCACGUACAUGAUCCGUGCUUGCCGUGCAAAUGCAUCAGAUGGAAUUCUAUGCACUGUACUAGGACAAAACGCUGUUCAUGGUGCAUUUGCUGGAUAUAGCGGCAUUACAGUAGGCAUAUGCAACACUCACUAUGUCUACCUCCCAAUUCCUGAAGUCAUUUCUCAUCCCAGGCUGGUGGACCCCAACAGUAGAAUGUGGCAUCGUUGCUUGACUUCUACAGGCCAGCCUGACUUUAUCUGAUAAAAUUAAGCUCUUAUUUAUGCUUAGGGGCUAGAAAAAUAUAAGCUCCCAAAGAGUAGAAUAAAGGACAGUAGCUGCCUUCAACCAGUUGGUUUAGAAGCAAUAAUACCGAAGGAUAGGUUUCCCUGCAACUUUGAAUAUUUGUUGAGUAUAGGGCAUUACUGUGAUUGCUUUCGUAAUUAAGUUUCAAAAAAAACCGCCAAGCACUAUCUGUUUAGUUUUGAUGUUGUGUACAACAUUUAUUACUGUGAAAUAUGUCGACCAUAAUUGCAUAAUACAAACUAGACCAAUUGUACUAACUAUAAUGGUAUAGCAAUAAAAUUUACUUGCAAUUUUUGGA